CAAUUAGUACCGCCCACUCAGAUAUUCUCUGUUGCGUUUGAGAAAACGUACCUGAUGCCUGGCGUUGGACUGGAUCGAUUGUCUCCGGCAGAUCGUGCUUCAUUGUUUUUUCAUAAUUCGAAAGUGUCUAGAAGGUGUUUGGUUUGGAGGACGGUCUGCCAAAAAAUAAGCGAGAGAAAGUGCUUGAAAAGAAGCGCCAACCAACAUUCCGCCAAGAGCAAGAAAACUCAUAAAGACGAAGGGCAUGGUCGGAAUGCCGAGUGCUUUAACUUACAGUAGAGAGAAGAAGAGCCCUGCCAUGCCCGGUUCUCCUGUGGAUGCUAAGACUCAUUCCAGAUCAGCCCCCAGCAGCAGCGCCAGCUCCACUAUGCCACCCCUACCUUCUGUCAACCCCAGUGGCCCACGACCGGCCUCUUUUUCCACCACAGCAUUGACCAAUGGGAAUCAUCAUUCCCCACCAACACUGAAUGCAGUGCCAUCUCCACCACAGCGUUACAGCAAUGGACCGUCCUCUUCCUCUUCCUCAUCGCUGGCUAACCAGCAGCUGCCGGCCACCUGUGGGGCACGCCAGCUGAGCAAGCUGAAACGUUUCUUGACCACACUGCAGCAGUUUGGCAACGACAUUUCUCCUGAGAUUGGAGACAGCGUCCGAAGCCUAGUUCUGGCCCUUGUGAAUUCAACAGUUACCAUUGAGGAGUUUCACUCACGACUUCAGGAGGCCACCAACUUCCCCUUACGACCCUUUGUUAUUCCUUUUCUCAAGGCAAACCUCCCUUUGCUGCAGAGGGAGUUGCUCCACUGUGCACGGGCAGCCAAGCAGACCCCAGCUCAGUACUUGUCCCAGCAUGAGCACCUCCUGCUAAGCACCACUCUGGCAUCUUCUCCAGACUCCUCUGAGCUGCUGAUGGAGCCUCCAGAGCCUGGAACCAAGAGACACAGCCCAAGCAGGGCUAAAGAGAACGGUUUCCAUGAACGCCCACCUGUAGCUAUGGAGCCUGCCGCAAAGCGGAUUUGCACCAUUAGCCCAGCUCCCCGACACAGCCCUGCUCACCCAUUGCCACUGACUGCCCAGCUUCACCCAACCCCUCCACCCUUGCAGCAUUACGCCCUGGAUGACAUCGCAGCACCUCACAUCCUGCACCGUGAGCACAGCCAACGUGUUUUGGAGAUCCGCGAACUCAAAGACAGGCCACGACUUCCUGGCACUAAUGGGGGCUACCGUGAGGAGCCAGUGGACCACAGACUGACAGACAGAGAGUGGGCUGAUGAAUGGAGGCAUCUGGACCAUGUGUUGAACUGUAUUGUGGACAUGGUAGAAAAGACACGGCGGUCAGUGAGCGUUCUCAGACGAUGCCAGGAGUCAGAUCGUGAGGAGCUUAACUACUGGAGACGACGUUCGAGCGAGCAGGAAGACCCGCGCAAAGGCGGACCGGCAUCCGCUCCAUUCUCCAAGACGCACAGCCCUCACUCUUCAGAGUCGGACUCUCAGCGUGAUUUUGCUCCACGGCCAGGCUCAGCAUAUGUUACAGAUGAAAUCUGGAGAAAAGCUGAAGAGGCGGUGAAUGAAGUUAAGCGUCAGGCCAUGGAAGAGGUUCAGAAAGCUGUAGCAGAGGCUGAGCAGAAAGCAUUUGAGAUGAUUGCUGCUGAGAGGGCCAAGAUGGAAAAGACUCUGGCUGAGGCCAAGCGGAAGGCUCAAGAAGAUGCCAUCAUGGUCAUUAAUGAACAAGAGGACUCCAGUGAGUGUUGCUGGAACUGUGGCCGCAAAGCUAGCGAGACAUGCAGCGGUUGCAACGCCGCUCGCUACUGUGGGUCUUUCUGCCAGCACAAAGACUGGGAGAGACAUCACCUCAUCUGCAGCCCAGGACUUCAGGCUCAACCCAAACCGGUUUCUGCAAGCAGAGUGGCUGCCGUGGCUACAGCAGCAUCGGCCGCCACCGUCGUGUCUCCUGUUGGUCUGGCUGGGGUCAAAGUUCCCGACAGUGUGCCUUCAGUCUGCAGUCCAGGUGGGGAGAAGGCUUCAGUCGCUUCGCGUUCAUCCACUCCCUCCACCCCUGUCUCGGCCCCUGAGACGAACGGACACUAGGAGGCAAAGGACCUUGGCGGUGCAUGUGUCACCUUCCCUCUUCAAAAACGAGGAAGAACUGAAACAGCAGCAUGAGGGAACUAUUUGUGGGUUAAGUUAGGAUAACAGAUUUUUCAACAUACUCUUUGGCAGAUAAAAAAGGACAGAUUAUGGAUGACUGUUUGAGUGAUAUGUCAACUGGGACUUUGGCUUUGGCAAAGAACAGAAGGACUCCUCUUGAAUGCAUUAAUUGGAUGAACAGAUCUCCCUAGCAGAUGGAAACGUGUUUUUCAUCGUCCAAAAACCAAAAUCUUGGAUGUGUGAGCGGUGGAAAAAAACUGAUUGAUCUCCGUUUGUCUCUGGUGGCAGCGUGGAAGUUAUGAAAGGGAGGCAUACGAGAACAAACACAGGAGAUUAAAGAACAAUGAGGUAUAAAGAUAUUUCCCCCCAUGUACCAAUAUCCUCACUUUGAUGUGUAUAAAUCUAAGCUUGGGAGGAGGUGGUGGUAAUUGUAAACAGUGUAAUAGUACCAGCGCUAAAACAUCUGUCUUCGUCCUGUAGGAAAAAUCUGACCGUAGACCACGGAAGAGCCGUCUCCGCAGCUCCGGUGUAUACAUAAAUAUUUGCUCGCCAACUUCUUGUCAGAUUAUCAUAUGUGUGAAUGUGUGUCAAAGAGUCGUGCUGUCGGUGAAUAUUGUAAAGCAUAUGAUUAUUUUUGUCAAAGCAAUACUGAAAUAUUGUUCAGGUAUUUCAAGACCUUUCUGCAUCACCAAAGUCGCUAAAGAGAAAGUUAUUGUAAUUGCUUGUAACUGUCUUUGUGAAAAAGAGAUAAUACUACACUAACGCCCACACGUCAUAUUUACUUAAAAAAAAAAGUUAAACUCUGGUCAUUACUUUUUUUUUUCCAUUUCCAAUCAUUAGAAGGAACACAGGCAAAGUGAUGGUGGUGGAUCCAGUAAGCACAGAAACAUUCAGUUUGGGCUUUUCUCUGGUUGCAAUUUCACUUUGGCACUUGUUCAUAUCACCAGCUGUGUAUGGCAGGUCAGAUGUUGCUCAGAACACCUCCACCACUGCAAUAUUUGCAUCAGGGAGACAAGAGGAGUAUGUUUUCCAGCACCGUUUCCAACAAAUACAGGUAUUAAGCUAUGAAAACUAAAUCCGUUUCACUUCAGCUGAAAUUUUCACUGAUGCCGACAACGCCGUGGUGAAGGUGCAGAGCGCUGGCUCUGUCCCACAGAGAAUCUCAGGAGCUUAACUGUAUUUGUAUGUACAGACCAUUCUUGUUCUUUUGUCACAACGAAACCUUGUAUAACUUGACGGUUAGGUGAAAGUCAGAUGUUUAGUGAGGAAGUUUGAUUUAUGGUACUCUGCUGUUACAACUGAGACAUGCUUGUUUCCGUUUGUUGUAAGAUGACUUUGUAAAGAAUAUUAUGAGAGAAUGCCUUUAUUUUGUGAGCCACGAUUUUUCCUCUUCAUUCUUUGAACAUGUUUUUUUUGUUAUGAGACAUAACUUCAUAUGGAAAUCAUAUCUUGACAUGAAGUAUGAAAUAAAGAAGUAGAGUUACUUCAAAGAGUU